UUAUGCGUAUAACACGUCAGGCAGCAUCACAGGGAAGCAUGGUUAAAAUAAAACAUAUUUGAAAGAUUUUGUUUAUUAUCGAUAAAAUUUAGUUUCCAACGCCUUAAUGGACAUUGCGGCUUGGUUUGACGAUGUCAGGCGGAUGAACAAACGACAGCUUUAUUACCAAGUGUUAAACUUUGGUAUGAUUGUCUCAUCUGCCUUAAUGAUAUGGAAAGGUCUGAUGGUACUUACAGGAAGUGAAAGUCCGAUUGUUGUUGUCUUAAGUGGAAGUAUGGAGCCAGCAUUUUUUCGUGGUGAUUUAUUAUUUUUGACAAACAUCAAAGAUGAACCCAUUCGGGUUGGAGAAAUAGUUGUAUUUAAAAUAAAAGGAAGAGAGAUACCAAUAGUUCACAGAGUUAUUAAAAUUCACGAGAGGGAAGACAAAAGCGUUAUCUUUUUGACAAAAGGUGACAAUAAUUCUGUUGAUGAUCGUGGUCUUUAUGCACAAGGACAGCUGUGGUUGGAAAAGAAAGAUGUUGUUGGUCGAGCCAAAGGAUUUUUACCAUAUGUUGGAAUGGUUACAAUAAUUAUGAAUGACUACCCACAAGUCAAGUAUUUUGUUCUAGCUGCUCUUGGUCUUUUUGUCUUAAUACAUAGAGAUAUCUCAUCAAUUACAUUUUAUCUAUAUAUAUUUGAGAAUCACAUCAAUGAAAUAGAUGAACGACAAACACCAAGAUGGGAGAUGUCUGAGGAUGAACAAGAAGAGAUCAAAGCACAGACAAAAUCACUUGAUUGCCAACAUGAGCAUCCUAAGCCAGUUAAACAGGUUGGCAAUUCAAAGAUUCACGUUUCCAAAGGUAGUGUGUGGGAUGGUUAUGAAGACUCAGUAAAGGAUUAUACUACAGCAUUUCGAGAACAAGAAAAAAAGUAUAUGGAAAGAACAAAUGAAGCAAUAUUUAAUAGGGCAUCUCAAAAUCAUAUUCAUCAGCCUGGUCCAUAUGAUGACACUGAUUCUGUCAAGAAUUAUGGUGACACAACACAAGAUGUCAGUCGGAUCCCUUCCAAUGAAAAACUUUGCCUUUCCCCUCUCUUACCUCAAGGUUAUGAAGUGAGCGAUGGUUUAAUAGAUGAAAAGAGAGGAAAAUCUCAAACAAAUACAUUUAUAUCUGAUGAUGUUAUUGAUGCCACAAAAAUAAAGGUGGAUGCCAGGAUUGGGACAAAUACGUGGCAUGGAGUGGUAGACAUGGAUAUUACUAGGGACUAUGCCAAAGAAGGAUCUCUUGAGAACUCAAGUCGACCUUCCUCCGAGGAUAUUUCACUUACUCCACCAUGGCUUGAUACAGAUAAAGAAUCGUCUUGUAAGGAUGCAAAUGAACAGGUAAUUGAUGAUUCUGAACUCUUGUCUGGUGAUGCAACUACCACAAGCAAUCCUACCCAUGAUGCAAUCCCUGCUACCACCCAUGUGACUAGUGUAAACAUGGAUAAAACUCAUAUGGUCGGCAGUUCAACAUUAAAUGAUCCUAAGGCAAGACCAUCUCACGAAGCUGCAAGAAUUUUGGGUAAAUCAUCAAAUGCUGUCAGUCAUUCUGUUGGUAGUACCUUAGAAUCUAUUCCUGUUAAAAGACAUCCUACAAUGAAUCCUAUUCUUUCACACGAAGCUGCACAAGUCAGACAACUUAGUGGUGAUGUUUUUCCAAAUCGAUAUCCUCCACCUCGUCAAUCUUAUUCUGGGAAAGAUCCUUACUUUACUACCUUACCGUACCCAAAUGUACCUCAUUACCCCCAAGGUGAAAUUCGUUUUCCUGCUCCAGCUACUGCUUCAGAGUAUAUGCAACAACCAAAUAUCAAUGGUUUUAGCAGAAUGACACCAUUUAUCAAUCAACAAUACCUACCACAACCCCAGCCUAUCCAUAAUGAUACAUCAUUUAAUCCAACAUGCAAAUCAUUUCCAAAUAUUCCACCUGUCAAUGCGGGCUACUACACAAAUGUGCACGAUCCACGGCAGGUGUUAAACAUGAGUCAGGUAUCAUAUUAUGGAUCACAACCAGGCAAUUGGCAACAAUAUCAAGGAAGAACACAGGUUCCAUCUAAGGUCACACCUAAAAUAAACUGUGAUGAUUUUGCUACUGAUGAAGUUAUAGACUAUGGGGCACAAAGUGAUAUAUCGGAACGUGUGAGGCCACCAAUGGAUAACAUGCAUCGAAAUAUACCGCCAAGAGAUAGUGUCCUGCAAAUCUAUAGAAAUAAAUCUGAUCUUUUACAAAACAAUAAAAACAUACAUCGUGAUGUUUCGGAAUAUCAUCGUGACGUUGCCGACACGAAAAAUCAACGAAAGAUACCGACACAUCAACUUCCUCUACCUGACAUCCAUACUCGCUAUACGGAUGUUCUCGAUAAUAUCACAACAGUAUCCGAUAGUGACGUCAGUCCGGUGAUGUCCACCCGUUCUGGUAGUCAAUCUAGUCUAGCAGUUUACUGUACAACUCCUCAUCAUGAUGGCUUGGAAACAUCAAGUGUGAUGAGUUUCACAAGCGGUGCUUCCACGCAUCAAGAUCUUGACUCAAAAAUAGAUCAAGUACGAAAUCUUUUGGCUGUAAUUGACACACGUGACGCAAAGGAGACGGUACACACACUUCUUAGUGUUUCCAAUUCGAAGGAAAACUGUCAAGCAAUGAGAUUAUCUGGAUGCUUACAUCUUUUAAUACAGCUUCAACACAAGUGUAAAACGAGAGAUCCGCGUGUAGCACACGAAGUUCGCGUGAGGUCCUUGCAAGCGAUAAGGAAUAUUGUAUCGGCUGGAAUGGACGAUAAACGUGGAAAGCGAGAAAUUCGCGUGUUACAACUUCUGGAGAUAGUGCGUAAUUAUUGUAUCGAAGUUAGAUUUAUUCGUCAAGCUCCAAACUCCUCAAGAAUAAGUUCAUUGAGCAAUGCUUUGGCUGCCAUUAUGAAGCUUUCGUUCGAAGAAGAUCAUCGUACCGCCAUUAGUGACCUGGGUGGAGUUGAAGCUAUUGGAGAAUUUUUGGAAUUAAGUCAUGUGACACAAGAUCUUUUGUUAAGCAAUAAUCUUCGCAAGUACGCUUCAAUGACGCUCACAAAUAUGACGUUUGAAAAGACCCGCAGUAAGGCGUUGCUUGGCAACUCAUCUGGCAUUGUUCGAGCCUUACUGAAGAAUCUUGCUGUUUUCGAUGAUGAAGACCUCAUUCAAGUUUCUGCCAGCGUACUUCGGAAUUUGUCGUGCAAGUCCGACGAAAGAAGCAAAGCUGUCUUGCAAGAAUGCAAUGCAGUCUCAGAGCUCAUGACUGCGGCACAAAAGGUCAGCAGUGAGUCAACUUUGCGUACAAUACUUUAUGCAGUAUGGAAUUUAUCUGCCCACAGUACGGAGAAUAAAGUUGAAUUAUGUGAAAAUGCUAAGAAUCUCGGUUUCCUCGUGGGAAUGUUGGUUUAUAAAAGUCCAAGUAACACUUUGAGUGUUAUCGAAAGUUCUGGCGGGAUUUUGCGGAACUUGUCCUCUCAGAUUGCUGUUAAAACAGAAUAUCGUGAUGUCAUGCGUGGACACGAUUGUUAUAAAUUUUUGUUGGCCAACUUGCGUUCUCCUAGUUUACGUGUUGUUGCCAAUGCUUGUGGAAUAUUGUGGAAUUUAUCUGCUCGUUGUGAAGCAGAUCAGCUACUUCUUCUCAAGAUGAAUGCUCUCAGCUUGCUAAAGCCUCUCGUAGCAUCGAAAAAUAAAUCCAUUUCAAAAGGAGCUAGCGCUGCGAUUAAGAACUUACAAAAUUAUAAAAACUCUCAACCUGGUCGAUUCUCACCUCCCGAGCCUCGGAAACAGAACGGAAUACUUCGUCAGGAUAGUAGUUCACCGUUGACGUCACGACAUAAAGGAAAGUCACGUGAUGCUCAUUCAUUGAACAGUUUUACCGGAAGUGCUGAUGAUAUGUCGAGAGAGACUGGAAAACAGCGUUCGAAAGAGAAUGUUGAAGCAGAUGGUUUUAAAACGAAAGGUGUUCGUUGGUCUGAUGAAAAACGUCCUUCACGGAAAUCAAUUGGUGAUAGAAAGCGCAGUGAUAGUUCACCUGAAGAACAAAAUGUCAAAGAACAAGAAACAAGAAAUGGUUUGGUGAAAGAUCUUGCUGACAGUAUCAACCAUAUUGAUAUUGGAGAUAAAUCUCGGUGUAAGAAAAUGGAAGGUGAUAAUUCAUCCUCACGUACGAAGAAGAAAUCAAACAUUAAGAAUAAAAAAUAUUAUUCUGGUGGCGAUGAUAUUGAUGAAAACUUUGCCGAUCUACACUUUACUCGUUCUUCAUCCAGUCGGCAAAACUCCGGAAGCAAUCGACGACUGACGUCAGUUGACGUUCAUACGACCGAAGUACCUGCUAAGCAAUCGACAAAGUUGACACGGAGUAAAGAUGUACGCAAAGGUACAUCAGGUGGUCGUGUAGAAGAUCAUGAACAAAUAAGAUCUGUUGACGAAAACUGUCGAAAGUCUCCGAUGUCAAAUGGCAGAAGCAGCAGACAUUACUCGGAGGAAACUGAUCGUGAAGUCGUCACAGAGAAGAAAAAAGAGCCAUUAUCUCAACACCGUUGUCAAUGUCCUGAUGAGUUAGAUGUUUGGAUAAAAAGGGAAAAAAUAUGUGGUCAUUGUGAAAAACGAAGAAUAUCGCACUCCUCUGAUUCAACGAAUGGCUCUCGACGAAGUUCUUCCGAAUCGUUGUCGUCAUCCAGCCGUUAUCUUAAUCGGAAAGAGCAGGUAUCUAACGUUGCUGGCUACGUCACAACAAUCUGAAUUAUAGAAACUUUAAGUGGAAACAUCGGUGGUAACUUUACCAUUGAAUUUGUGGCAAAUAUGGUCUAACCGUACACUUGCCCAAUGGACACCAAGUGUUUUACGGUAUUUUAAUACAUGGGACGAAUGUAAUAAUAUAAUUUUCGACUAAACGUCUCCCUAUCUUUGUCCUGUAUAGAAAUGAUUUGAAAAUAAUGAUAAUAGUAUAUGUACCUCUGGGCACUUGAAUCUCAUUGAACAGGAAAAAUGUA